CAUUUUGCUGCUUCUGUUCAGCUACCUUCUUCUCUCACCGUCGGAACCCUAGGUUUCAGAUUUCUCCGCUCCGGCUGCUGUCGGUUCCUUCUCCGGUCUUCCUCUGCCGUCUGAUUGGCCGAGCUUGUGCCUCUAUUUUUGGUAAUUCCUGCGAUUAGAAACGUUUGAAGCUAGGCUUUUCGAUUUGCUGGCUACUCUACUUCUCAGCCGGUGAACUUUGAUUUGAUUCCGCUUUCGGUAGCUAAUCGUUUGGUAUUUUCUGGAGAUUUUGUAUAUACUAAUCGUAAUAUGCCCAAGCAGAGAAGAGACCGAUCUCUAUCUUCUGAUAGGACGAGGACAUUUCCAUACCCAAGUAGUUCAAGCCGCUCAAGGCAUUCCCUUCAAUUAGAUCAUCUGGAAAACAAUGAAAAUUUAAAAGAAUGGGAAGAAGCAAGAUGCCCGGUUUGCAUGGAGCAUCCACACAAUGCCAUUCUCCUUUUGUGUGCAUCCCAUGACAAAGGCUGCCGACCUUACAUGUGCGACACAAGCUACCGCCACUCCAAUUGUUUUGAUCAGUUCAAGAAAUCAUUCGACAUAAACCCACCAGCUUCUAUUCAUCAAGAUGACAUUACCGUGGCUGCCCCUGUGAUAUCAUCAGGUCAGGGUGCAAGUGCGGGUUCAACAGUUGCACCUGACGUGGCUUGUGAGAGUCACGAAAAGAACAAUAUGUUAUGCCCCCUUUGUAGAGGGAGGGUCAAUGGGUGGCUUGUUAACGAGCCUGCCCGUAAUUUCAUGAAUGCAAAAGCAAGAAGCUGUUCUUGUGAGACAUGUGACUUCAAUGGUACAUAUGCAGACUUGAGGAAGCAUGCGAGGUUAAUCCACCCUUUGGUACGGCCCACAGAGGCGGACCCUGAAAGGCAGCGUAACUGGAGUAUGUUGGAACGGCAGAGAGAUUUUGGAGAUUUGCUAAGCACACUGAAUUCUUCCCUUGGGGACGACGAGAGCGAAGGGAGCGGCACCUUGACCAUUGAUGAUGGAGGAUUGCUAACUGUUUUUCUUUUUGUUAGAAUCCUUCAACCGAGGACCCGUUCUAGGAGCAGCAGCAGCAGGUAUCCCUCAUCCAGGUCCAGAAGUCAAAACACUUUUAGGAGGCGGCCUUCGAGGAGACUUUGGGGUGAGACCUUUGAUGGUGAAAUGGAGUCCAGAGAUGAUGAUAAUGAAGAAUCUGAUGCUGGGACUGCUACAAGGAGGCAUCAACCAACACCAGAAACUUAGUGGUGUGUGCGGACACGGGGUUUUCUGCCUGGUUUCAUUGAACACUCAAGCUGCAGAACGGAUAGAAUCUGGGGAAACCCUUGAGUUGGAUUUGCACUCCAGUAGUAGUCCUGCUGAGACCUGAUAGUAGGACGUCUGGUACCUGGAAUUGCAAACUACAAUUCGAGAGAAUGGGAAAGAUAUUUGUAUUUUGUACAUUGUUCCCCUUUGCAACCCUCAGUUCGAUUUGGCACUGUUCAUGUUUGAAUUCUAUGUUUGAAUGGAUGAAUACGAAAGCAAGAUCUUGUUUGCUUCCUAAAAAAAUUGAGUAUAUAACUAACUGUGUGUACCUUUUAUGGUUAUCAUUUGGUGUAAGAACAAUUGGCUUGAUUUGGCCCUGCCUCUUAUUGCCUUCCAAAGUGCUGUUUGGUUUAGCUGUUUUAUUUUGAGUCUUGUUCAAAAUGGUCUGAAUGUUUUACCUUCCCAAAAUCUUCUAAACCUUCUUAAUUCUGGCAUCAUUAGGGCCGGCUUUUUCGCCUUAAUUUUGAUUGGAGUAUGGAGACUGGAGUCAAUAUACUGGCACUGAUUUU